GAUUUUGUAUGAGACUCAAAUGUGCUCUCAAAUUCGUCCUCUCCACAUGAAUAGUAGAGACAAAAUUAAACUAUCCUUGUUUGCCCGUUGUCUGGUGUAUUUUAGCGAGCGCGUUGAAAAAACUAGAUUGUUCUUCAUUGGCCUAUAAUUUUGAAGAGCAUUCAUUCAAAACAGAGGUGAAUAUGUAGGGAGUUUGUGCGAGAAUAAGUAGCCAAAUUGGCUGCUUGGAAGUGAGCUUUCGGAUUCAUAUCAAUGGAGCAAAAGUUUUCAUGUGAGAAGCUUGGAUUUUAUUAAUGAAGUAUGUGCCAUAAAUGAAGAAACUUCUCACAGAAAAAUCUAUAGAAACAACUGGGCUUUGUGUAGAAGACAUCCAAUGACUAUGAGGAGUUUUUCCAUGAGUUCAAGGGAUAUGCCAACAUGGGUGCAGAAGCCAUCCUGUUUCAUGAUUCUUCAUAUUACUUAUUUCCUAGUUUUAGGAUUCAUGGGUGCUUUUGCUCUGUGGAUGUGUCCUCAGAUAAAUUCUGAGCAUAUGAGCUUCAUAGAUGCUCUGUACUGCUCUACCUCUGCUGUGACUGUGACGGGCCUGAUUAGCGUAAGAAUACAAGGGAUGCAUAAGUUUCAGCAGAUUGUACUUUUGUUGCUGACAGUACUUGGUAGUCAGGUUUUUACUUCUCUGUUUCCUCUGUAUGCAAGAAGAUUGGCUUACAGGAGGAUACUUACAAAUCAGGCCAUGGCCGUUCUGUCCAAGGUGCAAGAAAAACUAAUUUCAAAUGAAUCAGAGGCUAAAGAAGAUGCUGAGAAUGUGAAAUUGAUUUCAAAUGAAUCAGCAGCCAGAGAGGUUAAAGCCCAUCACAGUAAUAGUGAAGUUAAAGUGGAAGUUAAGGGGGUCAGUGCUUAUGUUGGCAAGAAUGAAUUGGGCCAGCUAUUGAAGCAUCUGCUAAGAUAUGUGAAGGGGAAAUCUUCAGAAAUGAUGAAAAUUGUCUGGAAGAGAUGCAUCUGGCGUGAAGAUUUCAUGAGUGUUUUAUCAAAACGGAUUUUGCAGUGCUGUAAGACUGAAGAUCUAACUAACGAAAUUGAGAUUUCUAUGUGGAAGUCUAUGUAUAUGGAGUACAAGGCCCUGACUUAUCUAUAUAGGAUUGUGGUGGCAUACUUCUUGCUAGUGCAGUUGGGUGCGUUUGUGCUUCUUCAGAUAUAUCUGUUUGCCUCUCCCACGGCUACCAAAAUUUUAGAAAAAAAUAGUGUGAAUAAAACAUUUUUCUCUGCUUAUAAUGCUGUAACUUCAUUUGGAAACGCUGGAUACAGUCUUCUAGACAGUAGCAUGAUUCCCUUCAGGAACCAUGCUUUCAUUCUGCUUUUCCUGAGUUUUAUAGUACUUGUUGGGAAUACCAUGUUUGGUCCAUGUAUAUGGGUAAUCAUAUCUGUGCUGCAGAGAUUUGGUAAGGGAAGCAGGAAGGAGGUCUAUACGUAUCUUAUCACAAAUCCUCGCAAUUGCUAUACCCAUUUGUUUCCCAAGAACCAGACGCUGUGGCUCAUUAUCACUGUCAUGGCCAUUAACACUCUUCAGACCUCGUUCUUCUGUGUUCUGGAUUGGAAUUCAAGCUCUGUUAAUGGUCUGAAUUUUGCAGAGAAAAUUGUGGAUGCUGUGUUCCAGUCUGUAGCCACACGCAACGCUGGAAACAAUGUUGUCAAUCUUGUAGACCUUUCUCCCUCUAUGCUGGUGUUGAUGGUGGGCAUGAUGUAUAUUUCAAUUUACCCAGUUUAUCUAACACGUCAGAAGACGCGGGCUCCUAAGAUGCUAGCAGGCGAAGCAUCAGAAGAAACCUACAGUGAACAUUAUGACAGUAAAAUUUCUGUUCAGUCGCGGAAACUUCUGGCUCGAGAUUCAGCCCAUAUCUUCGUCAUCGUCUUCCUCAUGUGCAUUCUGGAGAGCCAAAACAUCAGCCACGACCCUCUCAAUUAUUCAGUAUUCAACAUCAUCUUCGAGGUCAUCAGCGGAUUUGGGAAUGUGGGAUUGUCAGUGGGCUACAGUUGCGCCUUAAAAACUGGGAACAAUUCCUCUUCCUGUCAAGAGGUCCCAUACAGUUUUUCAGGAAAAUGGAACAGAGGAGGAAAAAUUCUGCUUGUGUUGACCAUGUUUCUGGGCAGACACAGAGGCCUUCCUGACAGUCUUGACUCUGCUCUGUUGCUUCCCCGUAGAGUAGCCCAAGAACAAGAGUUCGCAACCAUACAAUCUAUGGCCCAACUGAGUAUAAAUUCAUCUACUUCGUGGCCGAGGAGGUCUCGAGAUCGAUCUCGGCGCACAUCAUUUACAGAUGAUCAGGGACUGCAACUACCUGCACACCCACCAUAUGGGCAAGACCAAUCUUCUGGAUAACUAUGUAAAGCUCCGAUAAAAUCACCUCAAAUUGGUAAUUUAAGUACGGUGUAGUUUCAAAUUAAUGCAUGAUAAUCAGGUCGGAAUCAUGCUUUCGGUGAAUUUGACGGAAUGGAUAUUCUUCAGUCUUUGGCUCUUAGCUCAAAGAGGUGCUCGUGUCCCAUAUCCAGUGACAAAAAAUACUUUGUGAAGACCCUCGCUAGAAUAACAGAUCGGAGUCUUUAUGCCUUUACUGAACUGUAACAGCUCCGAACCUCCAUUAAAAAAAAAUUGAUGCAUGAUCAGCUUAAGUCUCGUUAAGGCAGAGAAAUUCAGGUGGCCAGGUGGGAAUUUCUUUGUUUAAAUAAGAAAAGUUAUAAAAAAGUAAUUAGUUGUUUU